UCUUGUUCUUUGCAUUACCAGCAUGGCUGUGAUCACCGUGACAACCAUUCUGCUUUGCUUCAUACUGGGCCUGCUCGAUUCCUCUGCCUCAGGCUCACGUACAGGUGCAGCUUGUUGUACAAGAUACAGCAGGAAGCCGGUGCCCUUCCAGCGUAUAAAAGGCUACAGAGAGCAAAGUGGCCAUGAAAAAUGCCGCCUCAACGCUAUCAUUUUUUACACAGUGAAGAAGAAUGAAAUCUGUGCCACCCGGAAGGAUGAGUGGGUGAGGAGAACUCUGGAUUUACUCAGUUCAAAACUAAAGAAGAUGUCAAAGAUCAGCCCUGCAGAAGGAGAAGAAGAAAAAAGGAAUAUUGUCAAUUGAAGAUGGAAGUGGAUCUUCCUAAACGCAGCUGAUACUUUUUAUUAGGAACAAGCACACAGAUGGUGUCCUUAUAGAAAAGGAAGUUGUGUUUCAUAGAAAUGCUAAUUUCAGGAAGUUUGUGAAAGACACUGUGCCAUCUCAAAUUCAAUUAUUUCUGGUUGCUAUCUCAGCAAAACUAAAGACAUGCAAAUACUUUUACCAGCGUGAAGGAAACAGAGUCUCAGCAGCACACAGUAUUUUGACUGA